AUGGAGUCGGAAGAUAACGACAAGAGGCCGUUGAUCCAUAUGCCUCCUUUCUCGGAUAUUCCGGUUCUUGCAAACGAACCCCUCGAAAUCGUGCCUCGUCUACCGCAAAUGAGCACCAUAAUGCCCCUGCUCCAGCCGAAGCCUCCCGUUGCGGAACCAGUAUGUCGAGAUCUGCUCGUCCUCUUCGAUACAACUGGCACCAGCCCGCUGGUCUUCAAAAGAAACCGAAAUCUCGUCAAGCAAAUCGUCAAUUCGGCCAUAUUACCCUGGCAGAAAGUGGCUUCUUUGAUUGCUUUCUCGACGAUUGACAAGACAAAAGCUGUCGCCAAGUUUGAGGAGCGGCUCGAUAAUUUGGGCUUUAUGAGGCGGAUUGAGGAAAUCGAUUAUUUUGGUGGGGUUGGAGACGUGGCUAAUGCUCUCAAGAUGGCAAACGACCUAAUUGCCAAGAAUUCGAUGCCAGUGGAUGUCAUUUUUGUGUCUGAUGGCUACAGCUCCGAAAACUACACGGAUCCCCUUCAAAAAAUGCUGGCAAAUGAUGCGAAUCGUUUCUUCGUCUUGGCGCCGAACCACAAGAAGGUUUCGAGCCAACUCUCCAUCCUCGUCAACUCUCAGAACAUCUACAACAAAUUUGAAAACCUUGAAGGCUUGCGUGAUAACUUGGCUUGC